GCCCCCGAAAAAAAUCACAAUAAUCAACACAACACAGCAGAACUGGCAAUUGCCCGCCCCACCCGCAACAACUACCUAAGCCCGAAACAGCACAGUGCCCCUGCACUCCCGCCACACUACACUACCUACCUACAGUACUGUAAGUACCUAAGUAGACACCUGGGCAGUCAUUACCUUGUGAGCAGCUAAGCACUUGCCUACCCCGGUUGCAACAGCGCACACACACAAUCAGCCAGCCUGAGACUCGCCCGCUCUCUUUCACUUAUUUAAACCCGUCACCCCACCCGCCUCAACUCUUCCACUUACAACUCCCAUCUCCAUCCACUCAUCCACACUGCUCUCUGCUGUUUUCCAUCAACCAGCCACUACCACCAUCAUCAAUCAUCACAUAAUCCAUCAUACACAACAACCACAUACAUCACAAUGGCUCGCACCAAGCAGACCGCCCGUAAGUCCACCGGUGGCAAGGCUCCCCGUAAGCAGCUCGCCUCCAAGGCUGCUCGCAAGUCGGCUCCCUCCACCGGAGGUGUCAAGAAGCCUCACCGCUACAAGCCUGGUACCGUCGCUCUCCGUGAGAUUCGUCGUUACCAGAAGUCCACCGAGCUCCUGAUCCGCAAGCUCCCCUUCCAGCGUCUGGUUCGUGAGAUCGCCCAAGACUUCAAGUCCGACCUCCGCUUCCAGUCCUCAGCCAUCGGUGCUCUUCAGGAGUCCGUUGAGUCUUACCUCGUCUCUCUCUUCGAGGACACCAACCUGUGCGCCAUCCACGCCAAGCGUGUCACCAUCCAGUCGAAGGACAUCCAGCUCGCUCGUCGUCUCCGUGGUGAGCGUAACUAGAGCGCUUGACGCUUUCCUUCUAGCAACACAUAGACUCGACAGAAAGUGGAGGAUAUGAUACCUGUGAUUGAUGAUACUUCUGGGAUGGCAUGACGAUUCGGUUUUUACAAGGGCAAAGGGUAAUCGUGGCGUUAGUGUUUGCAUUGCUUUAAAGGCAUGGGUUGUACAUCAGUGAUUAAGGCAGUAGGCCACAGAGCGCUGCGAUACUGAACACAUGAAUCUGAACAUGAAAUGAACUAAACACAUCGUCCUCAUCAUCUUGCCUUCGUGAUAGGUUGUGACAUUCGUCUACUGGUGCUCACAAGGAGUCAGCUGCCCUUGAUCAGCACGGGUAUUUCAUUCCAAGUCCCUGUCGCGCUCGAGGCGGGCUUCUGCCUGGGAUGUUGCCUGCCACUAUCCCGGGGUGUGGUUGAGCAGUAAUCUUGGCUCAACAGAGACUUUACCUAGUACU